ACAAGGGAAAGUUUGCAUGGCGCAUAACUUCAAGGGGCUCCCCGUGUAUCAAACGCACAGGCAGACGAAUUACGAGAAUGAUCAGACCUCACGGAUCCAGCGGUUAUGUGAGCAGAACCAUUUUGGUCUUGUAUUACGGAUUCAGAAACUUCAUAUACUGAACUCCUCCUCCUCAUCUCACACGGCGCGUCUGCAGGCUUGGGACCAGAGCGACAUGACUUUACGCGGAUUGCUAUAAAUUUAGACUACUUUCCGUUCAAUGGAUAGACCUCAAAUUGAGAUGAAAACCGUUUAGUUUUUAAGGACAAGUAAUACUCCCACCCGUCUGCAGUAUUCGCUCAGUACACAAGUUUUUUUAAUUGAGUUCAUUAUGGAACAUCGCAUACUUGGCAAGCAACUUGGCGCAUACGCGCGCGUCUGUUUGUUUGUUGCCAUCCUUCACGCGGCUCAAUGUCAGAGGAGUCCGGACACGAGGCAGUCCAGUAACCAGAGAGCGGCUCUCCGGCAGACGCUUCAGUGGAAACACAACGGCAAGAUCUUCAGCAUUCUGAGUCACGGCGCCGAGUACCAGCCGCCGCGGCCGAGGGGCUCACCUUCGGAGCAAGUGCACGUAAGACCUGUCACCAUCAUCCGCGAUGGAGACGUGACGAGGGCCGCGCGGGGGAACGCCGACAGCUCGAGCCUCUCUCCGCCCCACAACUCGGCCCAGACGCUGUCCGAGGCAGGAGCGCGCGCGGACAGCCCCCGCUGGCUGCCCCUUCAAGUCCAGAGGGGUCUGAGAGGGCACGAGCACCGCCGUCAUCCGCCCGUCCAUCCGAGGGACCGCGCUGACACGCGGACGGACGGCAAAAAGAACGAGACCGAGCAUGAACCUGCUCCCAGUCCACCGCUACCGAGGAGAGAGGACAUGAUGGUCGGCGACGAUCCCUACGACCCGUACAAGUCCACAGAUAGAGAUAACCCGUAUUACAAUUACUACGAUGUCUACGAAAGACCAAGGCCUAGACCGAGACCUGGAUACGGCACAAGCUAUCAUCAGUACGGUCUACCUGAUCUUGUACCAGACCCAUACUACAUUCAAGCCUCUGCGUAUGUUCAGAGGGUUCCCAUGUACAACCUGAGAUGUGCAGCCGAGGAAAACUGUUUAUCAAGUUCAGCCUACAGGGGAGACGUGAGAGACUAUGACACUCGGAUGCUGCUAAGAUUUCCUCAGAGGGUAAAAAACCAGGGAACAGCUGAUUUCCUGCCCAGUAGACCACGCUACUCCUGGGAAUGGCACAGCUGUCACCAGCACUACCACAGCAUGGAUGAGUUCAGCCACUACGACCUGCUGGACAGCAGCUCUCAGAGGACGGUGGCCGAGGGCCACAAGGCCAGUUUCUGUCUGGAGGACACGUCCUGUGACUACGGCUACUACAGGCGGUUUGCCUGCACUGCACAUACCCAGGGACUGAGCCCGGGAUGUUAUGAUACCUAUAACGCUGACAUUGACUGCCAGUGGAUUGACAUCACAGAUGUGAAUCCUGGAAACUAUGUACUCAAGAUCAGUGUAAAUCCCAGCUAUCAAGUCCCGGAGUCUGACUACAGCAACAACGUGGUGCGCUGUGAGGUCCGCUACACCGGCAACUACGCCUAUGUGUCAGGCUGUCACAUGUCACCGUAUUAAGAGGAACCGGCCAUUAAAAGCAGCUCUGUGGCACGUGACGGUGAAGAGGACCGCAUUCAAGAGCACGAGAUAAGUUGCACAUUGUUAGCUCUUGUCAAAUCGACUCUUUCUGUAUUCAGCAAUGCAUAGAAAUUGAAAGUGAAAUUAAAAAACUGGUCCAAGUGGUUAUGAAGGCGUGAUGAUAAGGGGACACAUUGACUGUAUGACUUUUGAAAUACUCACGAAUUAGCUAGAAGUAGAAAUCCUGGGACACGACAGCAUUUUUCCGUGAAUGCUAAAUGCCUCGGGUUUACUACCGGAUAAUACUGAAUCCAUACUUGUGACUGAAAAGGAAAACGUGAGUGUGUGAAGAUGUUGUUUUCUUUGCCACUGAGCAGUCUUCUCUCAUCACCUCUUUUUGGAUAUUUUUCUUGCCUUUCUUGCAUUGUACCCUAUGCUUGCAUUUCUUGCCACUUUUCUUAUAGUUAGAAAAAAAAAGAAGAAAGUUUAAAUGCUCUUAGGCUUGGAAAAUAAAAAUGGCAAAUCAGCUUGCUCAAAUCGUGCAGUCAUUAUCAACGAUUAGUCAACUUUAAAGAUGAAAUAAACAGAAAAUGAAGACAAUAGAAGGGUAUAUGUAUUUUAUAUUUAUAUGCAAUGGUGGAGGUUCUUUUUUUUACCACUAGCCUUGACAAAAUCUACUUGAAUAAAGUUUUGUG